AUGGCCAUGAUACUGUCCACCCCGGUGAUGGACACGUUCAGCCCAGACCAGCUCCCGGGAACCCUUUUCAACUACGGCAGCGACUCCUACGGUGACGCAGACUCCUUUUUCAACUUUGACGACGCUUGCGUUGAAGGGCCGGUCCCUGAAGUCGAGGAAGAGACUGCGCAAAACCCAGAGACCGCCAUCGAGGAGGCCUUGAUAUCACAGCUCUCCGAGAGCCAAAUCUCUGACGGCUCGCUUUUCGGAGGUAAUGGCAACUCUAAUGAUGGUUCCCUACUUAAGUACGAGCAAGAAGAGGGCAAGCCCGCGCAGGUCGCGACAAUCAAUCCCAACGUCCUCUUCAUCACAUUGCCAGGAACACCACCGCCACUCAAGCAGGAGCAGCGCCAACUAACACCUCCCACCACAGACGCCACAGCUCUUGUGCUACCGAGCAUAGAGCCGACAGAAUUGAAACAGGAAUUCAAGCCAGAGUUUCAGCAGGACUUCCAACAAGACUUGAGGCAAGAGCCUACGCCCUUCGUCGACGACCCGAAGCUCCAGGCCCUCUUCGAGGAAUUCGAAGGUCCCAUCGCCGAAGCCCUCCAACUCCCCACAGCGGCCCCGACUCCGGCCCCAGGAGCAGUACCCUGCGUCGGCACAUCGUGGCCCUCUCCCCCGCCGAGCGUUCCCUGGCCCUGUUUCGACGGCCUCGAGCCCAGUGGUGACACGGCAUGGGACCUGAACAACAACUCGGCUGCGGGGCUUGGCAGUGGCGGCGGCGGUGGUGGUAAAGAUCUCUUUGCCUCCCCUCCUCCCCGCGACAUGUUUGCCUACCAGCAACCGUGCGGUGACCACCCGUCUUCUGUACUCAGAGACGCCCGCGAAGUCUUUGACCUCGAUACCUUUGAUUUCGACGACUCCAAUAGGGAAACGGUUACCUAUGACGGCCUCGAAUCCUACAGCCCUGCCAACGUCAAGCAAGAAGCCCCCAACUUUGACGGCUUCGCCUUCAGCAAUGUCAAACGGGAGCCCGCCUCCUCGGCGGCUUUCUUUCACCCUUCACCAAAGACCACUACCGACGUCUUUACCGCCCCUCCACCGCCGCAAUCUCAACAUCAUCUGACCCCAAAGCCCGAGUUCGCUCCCUUGGUCCCUGAUUUGGCACAAGUUUCAGCCGCCGGUCAAGUCUCUUGCAACUACGACGACGAAUCGUCCAUCCCGCGCAGUGUGCCUGCUACCACUUCCACUCCCGCCGCCGUCGCCACGGCGAGACUGGUGCACCCCAAGCCCAGAUCACCCCCCUUUCCUGCCGACUUCAUCCAUCGCCGCAGUCUGUCAACCGCACCGACAGACGUGACUCCCUACAGUAUCCUCAACAGACAGGGCCUCUUUGAAGCCGGCAUUCCCAACCCCCCAUCAUACCUGACUCCAGCUCACACUCCAUCCAGAGACCUCACAACCCCCGUCGUGAAUGGGAAGAUCCUCAAGCGUAUUCCCAAGCCCGCCAAGGCCAAGGACGUGGACGUAUCAGACUGGUAUGACUCCCUCCCCGAAGCACCCACGGCCUGGGGUGGCCACGACCACACGAAGCCCAUGUUCCAAUACAACAAGGAGGGCGAGCUGCUGCCGAAUCUGCGCUUCACCCGUGAGCAGAUCCUGUACUACAUCAGAGAGCGGAAGCAGCAAGGUCUACCCCUCACCCUCUGGAUCCAAAACGUCCCCCACGGUUGUAAGACGCGCGUGGGCGACGACAGACUACGCGCGUGCCGCUGGUCAGGCUGCCCGGCUUACAAGGGUACCAUCCUCAAAGGCUUCUGGCGCGUCUGCUUCGACGAGCGGCCCGAAACUUCGGGGAAGCAGCAUGAUCCGUACCACAACGCGGGCUACAUGCACUUGUGGUGCAUGGAUCGCUGCUUCGAUCUCCUCGAGAUUGCCCAAGCAUUCGACCUGAAGCCCGAUACACGCUACUUUGAAAAGGAAGAACGCAACCCCAUGGCCAUGACCCGUGAUCACGACGAGCUGGUGAUGGAGUUCGAAGAGUGGCGCACGUCCCAGCAGGCUGCCUACGAAGAAUGGCAAAGGUCGGCAGAGACGAACAAGAUGAUGGGCCUCCCCGUUCAGAACCGCCAGGUCGGCCGAGAAGCCAAGCUAUGGUAUGUGCUGACGACCAAGCACCUGGCGCUGGAGACUCCGGUGCGGAGCAAUAUGCGGAAGAAGAGAAACGGCAUUUCUAUUGACAAGCACAAGGGCGAUCUCGACUGGUACGUGGAGAGAGUCAACGAGAAAAAGGUAUCCAAAAAGGGGCACUCCAUCGUCGAGGAGCUUGACAGCGACGACGAUGAAGGUGGCCAAAAGACUCCCGCGACCAGGGCGGCCCGCCCGAGUAUCAUCGAGAAGAGAAAGCGCGAAGUAUACGAGUAUGACGACAAUAACAACGCCUCUCAGCCCCAGACAGCCGCUACUUGGAACAAACGUGUGAAACGGUCGUGCUAUUCACCCGUUGAAAGACAUUGA